CACCGGCCAGGCACUUUACUUCGUCGGCCAUUGGCGCUGGCGAGCCACUAAUACGAGGGAUGUGCUUAUCUUUACCCCGCAACAAGGGCGAUACCAGGGCUGGGCUGAAAGAUAGCAGCUACAGUAUCUGGCAGUUCCGUCCCUGGCAGCGUGUUGACGUCUCAUCUCUGCCGGGGUAAGGGCCAUCUUGCCCAGAGAGACACUCAUUCUUCUACACAUACAUUGUGCGAAGCUGGGAAAGUGCAUGCGCCGCUCGUCUCUCAAUGAUCGCUUCCAAGAUCCGCAGGACCAAGACAGGCUGUCUGACCUGCAGGCGGCGCAGGAAAAAGUGCGAUGAAAGGAAGACGACUUGUCUUGCAUGCCAGAGGAACAGUUUGGCCUGCACCUGGUCAUCCGAGCGGCAUAUGUCUACACCUGACGCCUCUGGGGGAUUUCCAGAGGGAGAUCAAGUCAGCCGACAAACUGAACCUGAGCCGGAGUCUAGCAUGCCUUGCCCGUCGCCAUUCACCAUCUCCCUCCCACUGUCUUGCAACAUUCAGAUUCACAAAGACACUGUGCAACUUCAAAUUCCCAAUUUUGGCGGAAUCUUGACCGAACCUCUGUCGAGAACAUUACUGCAACACUACAUCCACGAAACAGCCCAGUGCUUGACGACGAGGAGAGAUCCUAUCAAUCCUUUUGUUACCGAGAUCCUACCCAUCGCCCAGGAUAAUCGAGGCUUGAUGCAUGCCGUUCUCGCGUUCAGUGGGCAGCAUUUGGUGAUCCGAACCAACAAGCAAAUGAGCCCUGUCAUCUGGACACACUAUUCCACAGCGAUCUCGGAAAUUCGAUCGGGGGUUGAGAGAUACAUCCAAGGAGAUCGAUCCGGGGUCACAGCCUUACUAGCGACAACGUUGAUGCUGUGCUUGACAGAGAACACGAAUCCCAAUGAAAAUCAUAUGGCGCAACACCUCGCAGGUGCCAGGUUACUGCUCAAUGAACUCCUCAGCCUACCCUCGAGCAGAGCAGACUCAGAUACCGUCGGGUUUCUGGCAGAACUUUAUCUCUACACCGCAUCAGCCUACAGAAUAUCUUCGAAUCCAACCUGGGUGGAUUUGCUGAACGACGAAGACUCGAAACUAUAUACGACCAACGUGCUCGCUCAUCGCCGUGCUGGAUUCCUCCUUGGUAGCCAUCAGGAUCUCUUUCCGUUGAUCCAUUCCGUGGCGUCGCUUGCUUCCGAACGAGAACUGGAUCAAAAAGCGCUGGGGACAUGCUCGCCGCAGUGUCUGUCCCGGUUCCACUCUCUGCGGCAAUGUAUCCUCAAAUGGAGCGUACCCGCCGGCGUCACCAACGAGCAAGACGUACUGUGUGGUGAGUUAUAUCGACAGGCGUUGCUGGUGCAUCUGGAAACCGCAUUUCGAAGGCAUGACCACGUCUUAUACCGAAGACUCCACCUGAGGCCAUUCGUUCAUAGAUGCAUCGACGCUGCCAUGCAAGCCCUUAGACUCUUGCCAGCUGACGGUCCAAUUGCCACCAUCACGGUUUGGCCACUUGUCAUACUAGGGAUCAGUGCCCGAGACACCCAACACCAAGAAGCCAUUCAACGUCACCUGGAGGCGUUGUUUGAAAGGAUCAAGAUGACCAGCGUUGCUUCCAGCUUGAGCCUGAUCAAAAACAUCUGGGAAUCUACGAGCGAGGCGUAUGUGGACGCAUGGGAUCUCGAGCAGAUUAUGAGUGAAAAAGGUCGAGUCUUUCCACUUACUUGAACGCUACGCCGAGUGGUCCACUUACGGUCUCCUCAUACAACUUUGAGAACAACGCGCGGGCGCGGUCAAGCGACAUAUGGACGCCCUUUGUGCGGUUAGGCGCGCUCACUCGACGAGCUUUGGACCGGGAUUUCGGUCGGCGUGUUCACAAGAGGGCAGAACACUCCGUGCC